CCAGCUGCUGAGCGUGUGUCAGUGCGUCUCUGUGUGUGUGUGUGUGUGUGUCCUCGCUGUCAAAUCUGCCUCUCUCUGUUCCCGGGUUCUGUGUUUCCACUCCCGGCCAGUAAAAAGUCCUUGUAAAGACGGGGACGAAGAUGCCGGCCAUUCUGGUGGCCUCCAAGAUGAAGUCGGGACUGCCGAAACCCGUGCACAGCGCCCUUCCCAUCCCUCAGGUCCCAGCCAGGACCCUUGUCCAACCACCCUGCACACUGAAGCUGGGAAGCAGCAAGCUUACCUACUCCAGCCAGAUCCCCCUCAAGUCCCCCCAUGGGAAGGAGAACGACGGCGAUGGGACACCCCCAAAAAAGAGUGCAGAGACAGAGAGCGGAGCAGACACACAGAUUUACACGGACUGGGCCAACCAUUAUUUGGCGAAGUCAGGCCACAAACGCUUGAUCAAGGACCUGCAGCAGGACGUCACUGACGGGGUCCUGUUGGCCGAGAUCAUACAGGUUGUAGCCAAUGAGAAGAUUGAAGAUAUCAAUGGAUGCCCUAAGAGUCGGUCUCAGAUGAUUGAAAACAUUGAUGCCUGCCUCAGCUUCCUGGCAGCUAAAGGUGUCAACAUACAAGGCCUGUCUGCAGAAGAGAUCCGGAAUGGGAAUCUGAAGGCAAUCCUGGGACUCUUCUUCAGCCUGUCGCGCUACAAGCAGCAGCAGACCCAAAAACAGGCACCCCAUCAGCAACACCACCACCAGACCUGCGCCCCCACCCAGCAGCCCCACAGCCAGGCUGGGCCCCCCUUGCAUGGGACCCCUGCCCAAACACAGGGCCCAAUGCACACCCCCUCAGCGCACACGCAAAAAGCACAAGCAGAGAUGCAGUCAAGGCUCCCAGGCCCUACGACGAGGAUGUCAGCUGCAGGCAGCGAAAGCAAGCCUCGUGGGUCAGCCAGCAGCUGCAACCGGCGGAGCCAGAGCUUCAACACUAUCGACAAAUCAAAGCCAGCCCCUGGAUCAGCCAGCGCACACAACAAAGAGCCAUCGGAGGGUGCCAGCACACAGAAUCCCGGGAUGACAGAGCGUGCUCCGUCUCCUGCGCCUAUCAGCACCUCCGCCAGCACCUCCACCAUUAGCAGCUCCUCUGCCACCUCUUCUGCCAUCCCCCAGCCUAACUCCGCCAGCAAGCCCUGGAGGAGCAAGUCCCUCAACGUCAAGCACAGUGCCACGUCUUCCAUGCUGUCUGUUAAGCAGGACCCCCCCAAGCAACAGCAGCAGCAGCUGGCCAUGCCGCCCAUGGAGGCCCCCCCGAAGGCCACCCCCACUGCACAGAAAUCCAUGCUGGAGAAGCUCAAGCUGUUCAACAGCAAAGGGGGAUCCAAGGCCGUUAGCACGGGGCCCCCAACAGACAGCACGGUAAUCCGAGAGCCAGUGGUGGAGAGGGUGGAGGCUGGCUCCAACACCGAGCCACUGGAGGAAGCGGAGGGUAACGCAAGGCCCUUCAAUGGAACGGGCACCCUCACCAGCAGUCCCAAGAUUGCCUUGAAGGGCAUCGCCCAGCGCACCUUCAGCAGGGCCCUGACCACCAAGAAGAGUUCCCUGAAGGUCACUGAGAAAGACAGGGACAAGCUCAAGGAGAAGGACAAAGCCAAGGAGAGCUCCAAGCGCCUGUCUGUCACUGAGAAGGCAGAGUCAAAGGAGGAGCCAAAGGAGGAAGUGACAACCAUCCCUGAGGUGGAGCCUAAGAAGACCUCCAAGAUUGCCAGCUUAAUUCCCAAAGGGGGAAAGGUCAGCAGUGCUAAAAAGGAGAGCUCGGUCCCAGCACACAGUGGCAUACCAAAGCCAGGGUCCAAGGCCUCUGGGGCAGGUAAAGCUUCUGGGGCGCCCUCUUCUGGGAAGGAUGGGGACAGACCUCGAAGCAUGAGGUUGGGUGGGGGGCUUUCCCUGCACAAGGGUCAGCUGGAUGGCAGGAACUCCAGCUCCUCUUCCAGUCUGGCCUCCUCAGAGGGCAAGGCUCACCACACCAACAGCGCUGCCCCAGUGGCCACAAAUGGAGCUACACAGUCCACAGCCAGCAACACUGUUAGUGUUCAGCUACCUCAGCCUCAGCAGCAAUACAACCACCCCAACACUGCCACUGUUGCACCCUUCAUGUACAGGUCACAGACGGAUGUGGAGGGGACCAUGAUGAGCGAGUCGGGAUCUGGAGCAGGGAGCACGGACCCUGCACCCCUCAGCAAGCCUGCACAGACGUCCGUGGAGGAUCUCACAGGGGAGGAUCCCGAAGCCAGGCGUCUGCGGACGGUUAAAAACAUAGCUGAUCUCCGGCAGAAUCUGGAGGAAACCAUGUCCAGCCUCCGGGGCACCCAGAUCACACACAGCACUCUGGAAACGACCUUUGACAACAGCGUCACCACAGAGGUCAGCGGCCGCAGCAUCCUUAGCCUGACCUCUCGUUCUGCUCCACUAUCGUGGCGAUUGGGCCAGUCCAGCCCACGGCUCCAGGCAGGCGACGCCCCCUCCAUGGGUAACGGUUACCCACCACGUGCCAAUGCCAGCCGCUUUGUAAGCUCAGAGGGUGGACGCUACCUGUACUCUGGCCCCCUGCGCAGGCAGCUGGUUGCCCGUGGCAGUGGCAUCUGUGGCACCGACCUGACUGAAAAGGCAGACGAGUUGGACCUGGAGGGCAUCAGCAUGGAUGCCCCAGGGUACAUGAGUGAUGGUGAUGUGCUGAGCAAGAAUGUCCGCACCGAUGAUGUAACCAGUGGCUACAUGACAGACGGAGGCCUAAGUCUGUACACACGGAGACUCAACCGGCUGCCAGAUGGGAUGGCCGCAGUCCGAGAGACCUUGCAGCGGAAUGCCUCCACGGGCCAGGGGGAUGCGGACAGCUGGGACGACAGCAGCUCAGUCAGCAGCGGGAUCAGUGACACCAUUGACACCGAUGACAUCAACACCAGCUCCUCCAUCAGCUCCUACGCCAACACACCUGCUGCCUCCCGCAAGGCCAUAGACGGACAGCCCCAAACAGACGCUGAGAAACACUCGGCUGUGGAACGCAACACGGCCUGGUCCAGUGACGAGGUCAAGAGAUCUGACGGGGGUUCAGACAGCGGGGUAAAGAUGGAACCUGGCUCCAAGUGGCGCCGCAACCCCUCUGAUGUGUCAGAUGAGUCAGACAAGAGCACCUCUGGUCGCAAGACUACGGGUAUCUCCCAGACGGGGUCCUGGAGGAGGGGUAUGACGGCCCAGGUGGGUAUCACCAUGCCCCGCACCAAGACCACAGUGACGACAGGCUCCUGCACGCUCAAGACCCAAGGCAGCGGGAAAACUGAUGAUGCCAAGGUGUCAGAGAAGGGUCGUCUUUCACCGAGGGCCAACACCAUCCAGCGUUCCCCUUCAGAUGCGGGGCGGAGCAGCGGGGACGAGGCCAAGAAGCCCUCAUCGAACACGGCCCGCACCCCUACCAACACCUUUGGCUUCAAGAAGCAGCCGGGCAGCAUGACCAUGAUCACAGCCAGCGGGGCCACCAUCACCAGUGGCUCAGCCACCCUGGGCAAGAUCCCCAAAUCUGCGGGCCUUGUAGGGGGGCGGUCAGGAAGCCGCAAGGCCAGCGUGGAUGGUUCGCAGCCUCAGGACGAUGGAUACCUGCCUGUCAGCGCCCGCACCACCCUGCAGUACCGCAGCCUCCCCCGGCCCAGCCGCUCCGGUGCUGCUGCCCGCAAUGGCAACCGCUCAUCCACCAGCAGCAUCGACUCCAACCUCAGCAGCAAAUCAGCCGGGCUCCCCAUGCCCAAGGUCCGCGAGCCUACUAAGGCAGCCAGCGGAAUUUCUCUCCCUCCAGCCAAUCAGACAGACCGGGAGAAGGGCGUGUCCUCAGACACAGAAAGCGUGGCCUCCUGCAGCUCCAUCAAGGCCAGCCCCACAGCUCCCAGCGGGGGCACCAUUGCACCACAGGGUGGGAGGCAACAGGGGACAAAGUAUUCUGAUGUGUCUUCUCCCACCCUGCGCAGGCUCUUUGGGGGAAAACCUGGCAAGCAGGCCCCUGUCACCACAGCAGAGAACAUGAAGAACUCGACGGUCAUCUCCAACCCCCAUGCCACCAUGGGCCAGCAGGGGGUGCUGGACUCACCCUCGGGCAGUGCAGCACCCAGCAGUGGGGGGAGCAGCCCCCUGUAUGGGGGCCGGACAGGCGGAGUGGGUGAGCCAGCCCACUCCUCACUGGCCUCCAGCCCCGGCUCGGCCUACUCCGCCCCCUCCAACAGCCUGACCUGGGGCACCACGCUCAGCAGCUCCUCAGCCGUCAGCAAGGAGGGCCAGGGCUACCCCUCUGUGAGCAGCCUGCACACCAGCUGCGAGUCCAUCGACAUCUCCAUGAGCAGUGGCGGUCUGGGCCAUCUUGGCCCCGGCAAGGAUGACACACUGUCAGCCUUCGUCAGGACCAGCAGUGUCAAGACAGGCAUGUCAGAGAGUCCCCUCUCUUCCCCUUCUGCUAGUCCCAAAUUCAGCCGAAACACUUUACCCCGGAAACAGGACAGUGACCUACGUCUCGAUCGAAACACUCUGCCCAAAAAGGGACUCAGGUACACGCCCUUGCCCCAGCUGCGCAGUCAUGAGGAGGCCAAGGAGUGGCUGCGCUCACAUUCCGCAGGAGGUCUGCAAGAUUCAGCCAGCAACUCACCUUUCUCACCUGGCUCCAGCCUCACCUCACCUUCUGGGACCCGCUUCAACUUUGGCCAGCUCGCCAGCCCCACCACAGCUGCACAGAUCAACCUGGCAAGCCUGCGCACCAACAGUCUGUCCAAUCAGGAUGGCACCUACGACCCCUACAGUGACUCCCGCCUUCGCAAUUCCUCCAUGUCACUGGAUGAGAAAACACGCACCAUGAGCCGCUCAGGCUCCUUCAGAGAUGGCUUCGAGGAAGUUCAUGGGUCAUCACUGUCGCUUGUAUCCAGUACAUCCUCAAUCUACUCAACGCCUGAAGAGAAAUCCCAGUCUGAGAUCCGGAAGCUCAGAAGAGAGUUGGAUGCUUCUCAGGAAAAGGUGUCUGCCUUGACAACACAGCUGAGCGCAAAUGCUCACCUGGUGGCCGCCUUUGAGCAGAGCCUGGGGAACAUGACGAUCCGCCUGCAGAGCCUCACCAUGACCGCAGAGCAGAAGGACUCUGAGCUGAAUGAGCUGAGGAAGACCAUUGAGUUCCUGAAGAAGCAGAACGCAGCAGCACAGGCGGCCAUCAAUGGUGUCAUCAACACCCCCGAGCUCACGUGUAAAGCCUCGGGCAAUGGGAUGCCCCAGGCACAGCCUGACCUGCGCAUUCGCAGACAGCACUCCUCAGACAGUGUGUCCAGCAUCACCAGCGCCACCAGCCACUCCAGCGUGGGCAGCAACAUGGAGCUGGAUGCCAAGAACAAGAAGAAGAAGAAGAACUGGCUGAGGAGUUCCUUCAAGCAGGCGUUCAGCAAGAAGAAGUCCCCCAAAUCUGCAUCGUCACACUCGGACAUUGAGGAGAUGACCGAUUCCUCCCUGCCCUCGUCUCCAAAGCUCCCCCACAAUGGCUCCGCCACCUCCAUGCCUGUGCUGAGGAACUCCCACUCCAACUCCCUGAUCUCAGAGUGCACGGACAGCGAGGCGGAGACCGUCAUGCAGCUGCGCAGCGAGCUCCGAGACAAGGAGAUGAAGCUGACGGACAUCCGCCUGGAGGCCCUCAGCUCCGCCCACCAGCUGGACCAGCUGCGGGAGGCCAUGAACCGCAUGCAGAGUGAGAUCGAGAAACUGAAAGCAGAGAAUGACCGUCUGAAAUCAGAGAGUCAAGGCAGUUGCAGCCGGGCCACCUCUCAGGUGUCCAUCUCCUCCUCCGCACACCCCCCAGUGGCCCUCUCUCAGCACAGCCUCAACCUGACCGAGUCCACCAGCCUGGACAUGCUGUUGGAUGACAACGGAGAGGGAGGUACACGCAAAGAGGGACGCCACGUCAAGAUCAUGGUCAGCAUGGAGGAAGACAUGAAGAGGAAAGAGGAGUGCAGGCCUCGUCACUAUCUGAUUGGCUGUAUCGGCGUCAGUGGCAAAACCAAGUGGGAUGUCCUGGACGGGGUCAUCAGACGCCUCUUUAAGGAAUACAUCAUCCAUGUAGACCCAGUCAGCCAGCUGGGCCUGAACUCAGACAGCGUGGCUGGGUACAGCAUUGGGGACAUCCACCGCACUGGCGGGGCAGAGACCCCAGAGCUGCUACCCUGUGGGUACCUGGUGGGGGAAAACAACACCAUCUCUGUCACUGUCAAAGGCGUGUCGGUGCACAGCCAGGACAGUCUGGUGUUUGAGACCCUGAUCCCCAAGCCCAUGUUGCAGCGCUACGUGUCCCUGCUGCAGGAGCACCGGCGCAUCAUCCUGUCGGGCCCCAGCGGCACCGGCAAGACCUUCCUGGCCAGCCGGCUGGCCGAGUACAUGGUACUGUGGGAGGGCCGUCAGCUCACCGACGGGGUCAUCGCCACCUUCAACGUGGACCACAAGUCCAGCAAGGAGCUGCGUCAGUACCUGGCGAACCUGGCUGACCAGUGCAACAGCGAGAGCCAUGCAGUGGACAUGCCCCUGGUAGUCAUCCUAGACAACCUUCAUCAUGUCGGUUCGCUGGGGGAGAUCUUCAACGGCCUGCUCAAUUGCAAAUACCAUCGAUGCCCCUAUAUCAUCGGCACAAUGAACCAGGCAACAUCAUCAACUCCUAAUCUUCAGCUCCACCACAAUUUCAGGUGGGUGCUGUGUGCCAAUCACACAGAGCCAGUGAAGGGCUUCCUAGGCCGGUACCUGCGGCGGAAGCUGAUUGAGACGGAGAUCAGCAGCCGCAUGCGGAAUGCGGAGCUGGUGAAGAUCAUUGACUGGAUUCCCCGUGUAUGGCACCAUCUCAACCGCUUCCUGGAGGCUCACAGCUCCUCGGACGUCACCAUUGGGCCACGCCUCUUCCUGUCCUGCCCCAUUGAUGUGGAUGGCUCCAGGGUGUGGUUCACAGACCUCUGGAACUACUCCAUCAUCCCCUACAUGCUAGAAGCUGUCCGAGAGGGCCUGCAGCUGUAUGGGAGAAGAGCGCCUUGGGAGGACCCAGCCAAGUGGGUGAUGGACACGUACCCAUGGGCAGCCAGCCCCCAGCAGCAUGAGUGGCCCCCGCUUCUGCAGCUGCGCCCUGAAGAUGUGGGCUUUGAUGGCUACUCCAUCUCCCGAGAGGGAUGCCACAGCAAGCAAGUUCCUCAGAGCGACACAGAAGGAGAUCCUCUGAUGAACAUGCUCAUGAGGCUCCAGGAAGCAGCUAACUGCUCCAGCCCCCAGAGUUAUGACAGCGACUCCAACAGCAACAGUCACCAUGAUGACAUCCUGGACUCUUCACUGGAGUCAACAUUGUGAUUUGGCCCUCAUCAAAAAAAGUUGUUUUUUGACAUCCCACUCCCACCCCACCAUAUCUCCAAAAAAGAUGACCAAAUGACAAAAACAACACAGAGAAUCUGCAGAGAAGCAGUGAGAACGAGCCACUUUAAAUUGUUAAAUCUGUUGAAAACGCAAUGGGUGCAGGUAACCCAAUGGAGAAAAGUCUUUUCUAAGUUAAAAAAUGAAAAAUGAAACUGCACUACUCUAUUUUUACAAUGUGUUUGUAAAAGGCUUUUAGUAGCCCCUGGUGUAUGAAGUUAAAUGUACAGGAACAAAGUAGCAUUUGAAACUGUGGAGCAAGUAUUAGUGCCAUGCCCUAACCAUCCAGCUUAAGGAACGGCUGCCUGUGCUACUGUGACCAAACCACCCUGCUAGUGGCUGGACUUCCAAAUGCUUCCUACAAUGCUCUCCUCAGCUGCAGAUGGUGCUACAAGCUCUACAUCCUGUUGUAUUGUGUAAGACUGUGACCACCACCCUAAUCUAUCCUCUCGCUUAACCCAGCUCCUCAGGCCUUUCCUACACUCUGAGGCAGGCAGGGUCUGCUAAUUUUAACAGCUUCAGUACUCUGAAAAAUCCAUACCUGCAGAUUAGAGGCUGAUGUUCUGUUGAGGCUUCAGGAAAAUUUUUUUCAUACUGUCUUUGCACAGAAAAACAUCUGCGUUUUAAGGAGCCACUUUUGCUCUCAUGAAGACAUUAUACGAAGUGGCAAGACUGCCCCUGUGGUAAAAGCCAUAGGCGGAGUUUAGUUUGAGCUUGGGGGUGGGGGGUGGGGGGGUUGCAGGGCCAACUGAUGAGCCACAUGCUCUAGUAGAUAUCCAUAAUUUAGAAUGUAACAUGAAACUCCAUGAAAUGUUGACAGGACCAUCACCCCUCAGUGUUCUCAUGCCAGAUGCAAUAUUGCUGUGCUUACAUCUCUCAUUAGUUGUCUGUAAUAACAGCGUAGGUGUUAAGGUGCUCUAGCACUUUGAGGUUGACAGGUUGUAUACAUAAUUGUUUCUUACCUCUGCCAUGAGCGAUUCUAGAUUGGAAUAAUGUGGCACCAAUCGCUUUCAUGAACAAAUUGCAAAAAUUACUGUAACACUGUAGUUAAUCAUAAUGCUAAUUAAUAGUUUAAUUAAUAUUAAUAUUAACUAAUUAAUACUAGUUAAUACUUAAUCAGUAAUGAAUGUCACUGUCCUGUUUACAGCACUCCAGCCACACCACAUACAUUAUCAUUAAAGAUUGUGUUGAUGUGGCUGAACCAUAUGAAAUAUGUUUCCAGGAUUUGCAUUGUGGUUCAGUCAAAUGCAUGAAUUUUCUGGCUGUGAGGACAUAGAUAUUUAUUUAAUGUUACUAAGGUUUAAACAUGGGUGAGUGUAGGUGGAACAGUAAUGCAGUUUUUGGUGAACGUAAUUAAUCUGAAGAAAGUGAAAUGUUAGGUGCCUGACUGUGAAUCGGUCUAGAUAUAGAGUAGCCACAUUACGCUGACAAAGUCCUUAUAACAUGAUAAAUAAAUGGCUGAUGUACUGAGACUGAGAUAUGUGUGAUAGUUGUGCCACUUGCCCCCCUCACCACAAAAACCAUCAAGCUCCGCCUAUAGGGAAAGUGCUUACAGUUUGGACUGAUCUGUUUUCAAAAGUUAAGCAAUUUGAACUGCUUUUCAACCAAUGGUGGCACGAUCUCUCAAUAUACACACUUAUACCCAUUCCAUUACUUCAGGUAUGGUUUUGACUCCUACAGGCAUAAAACUCCACUGUAGCACUUUUUUUUCAUAUGUACAGUGUGAUAGCAGGAGAAAUCUGCAAUGUUUCUCCAACAAUGUGCAUUCUCUCUAGCAAGCAGUACAAGCUUUGAUGAACAUCUUUUUGGUGCUGAACUUCAAAACGAUGCCUUACUUCUUUUGUACUAAUUGCAUUUUUGUGCAUUAUGUGCCGUUUUUCUUAUUUUUUUACAUUUAACUACAGGGCUGUGACAUCAUCCCCUUUGAAUCUGCAGAGACUGGGUAGAUUCAAAGUGCACUGGCGUUUGUUCAUGAUAUCAAAGGCUAAUGGCAUGUCAUUGCAAAGAAAAGGGAAGGCAAUGUUUUUUUAUUUUGGAAACCAUAUCACUUCUUUGCUGCUAGGUGAUAGUAAGAUGUUUCCAAGAGUUUUGGCAAUAUAGUCAAAGUUGGCUUUGGACUCAAUAUCAGCACAAGAAAUGCAUGAAUACCAGUCUAAGGCAGAGAGAAAGAAAAGAGAAAACGACAAAUUGUUCAGCUUGGUGCUCAGUCAGUGCCCCUUAUAUGAUGUACUGUACAGAUUUCAUAGGAAGAUGAGAGAAAAUACCAUGUUGAUAAAAGGGUUUUCCCCUAUACCUCAUGCGCCUUUAAACUUUAUGCCAUUGUCCAGCUUGUUCUGUUUUAGAUUGUUUUCUAAAACUGCAAUUGAAAUGUAUCACUGCAUGAAAUGUGACAACUGAUGUAUUUGCUGCUUUAAGUAAGUUUAUUUAAAAUUAUGGGUGGGGGAUGUAUGUACUUCAUGUCAUUGGUUUUUUUUUCUUUGUAGUAUAGAAAAAUUGGUUUCUUACAAAGAUGAUUAUGGCAAUGAAACACUUUAAGGAAUCUGAAAUCUGAGAAGUUCUGAAAGGGUCAGAGGAACCACAGUGCUUUGAAACUUACACUGGCGUGUCUAGUAGUUCUCUCCAGAGCAUUAACAUUAGGUCUAUUUGCAUUAAGUGUAAAUGGAAUUCUCAACAUUGCUUUAUUUGAGAGACUAUACUCUAUUCCCCUUUUGAAAUUUGCAAGAUUGUGCUUUCAGACCUGCUCUUGUUAGUAUGAUGGAUGGAGUCAGUUGUUUUUCUCACAAUGCUUUCAUUACCUGUCAAUGUUUGAGCUGUUCAUUUUGAGUGUUCUUAGUUAUCAAUUCUAUGCAACAUUCAUCUUGACUUUUAAAUGGAAGCCAAAUAGUUUCCUAGUGUUUUCAGUACUGCCAAGAAAUUGUACAGCAAGUAAAUAGAUGUGUGAAUAAUUUUUUGGGUCUGUAUUUUAACUAGCAUUAUCUGUGCGUUUGAGAAUUUUGUUUGUUUCAGUUGAUGCAAGCACAAAAAAUGUUUGGUUGUUUGUCAACUUGUGAAUUUUUUCCCCACAGAAGUUUGGAUGUUGAACUUUUCUGGAAGGUUGCUGUUGAAUCUAGUUGUUUGUGGAAGUGUCUGUCAAUGAAUGUGUACUUUAAUAUGUACAUUUUUCUUUGUAACAUAAUGUAAAUAUUUGAUUACAGUGCUGCAUUUUGAUGAAUUUUUUCUAGCCAUUUUUAAACAGAACUAGAAAAUAAGUAUUUUAUGUACAGUCCGCUUUCACCCACAUCAAAUUCAAAUUUGUCAUGAAUAGUCCAUCAAAGAUCAUGA